GACGGUCGGAAGCAGAAAACAGAGCAGGUAGAGUUUCAAGCGGGGAAUAGAGAUUACGGUGAAAUCCCUGGAAUCAUUUUAACAAAUAAAUCUAAAACAUAAUCAACAAAAAGAUGCCGUUGGAGUAUUUCAUCUUUGGGGUCAUUACAUUUCUUUUUACAGGGGCUCAGUGUGAGGUAUCUGAGGUUUUUGCUGAAGUGGGCUCUCAGGCUGUGCUACCUUGUAAAAGUAGCCCAUUGUACGCCUUUACCCCCUCUAUCAUCUGGAGUAAAGCCAACAAAGGCACUGUUUGGAGAAAGCAAAGGAGUGGUCUGCAGUACUGGGGCGCUAGCUGGUCUCCAAAAGUCACCCAACGUGUAAAAUGCCCCCACUCCCAAUUUGAAAAAGGUGAUUUCAGCCUCCAAAUCAACAAUGUGAAGGAGGAGGAUGGAGGAGUUUACUCAUGCAGGGUGGGACAAGGAGACCAGGGCGUUGAAAAAAUGGUCAUGCUCAGAAUCACUGAAGUGUCCGUUUCUUCAUCGGUUCCCAUAUGGGGGGACGACGUGACGAUCAGCUGUAACAUGUCACCUUGGCCUCAGGGAGCCUCUGUGCACUGGACAUUGAACAACAGCCCAUUUGUGCCUCGGACUGUAAUCGCCUCAAACAGAGUUACCACUAAAAAUGUUGUGAGGGAAAAGGCAACUGCGAAACUGACAGGAAACUGGACCUGUGUGGUGAACUACGAUGGCAAAGAGGGGCGAGCUUCGGCAGCUCUGACUGUGAAGGGUAUCAUCCAACCAUCCCAAGAAAAUACUAAAGUGUAUGCUGUUGUGGGAUCUGCAGUCACCCUCCCCUGUGUGUUCUCCUCUGGUUUCAUCCCAUCUAAUCCAGUCUGGGAGAAACUGAAACCUGGGUUUCUUUUUAAACCUACUCCCGGUCGCCUUCCUGCCUCCUUCUCUCCAUCCAUACCGUUCACUCAGCUCUCCUUCGAUCAAUCCGCAAGUUUGAAAGAAGUUGGGUUGGACGAUGAGGGCAGGUACAGAUGCUCUGGCACCAUAGAAGGACAACGGUUGACUCGGAAUAUGCAGCUUGUCGUGGCCAAAAUUCACAGCAGCAUUCCGUCAGAGAACACAGGCUCUGUGACGCUGACCUGCCAACUGACAGACACGAGCGAGGUCACCGACUACGAGUGGGUUCAUGUGGUCUAUGACUUCAACGGCACCCGAUCAGUUGGGUCCAUCCAGAAGGGGAAGACUCUGAGUAUAAGCACAGUGACUGAGGAGAACCAGGGCGAAUGGGCGUGUAAUUUCUACGGGAAAGAUGGCAUUUUGGGAAAUGUUACAUACCACAUUCAACUGAUGAGUCGUCUGAGAGGACAAAAAUCUUCGGGUGUCUCACAUAACACUGCUGCCAUGGUUGGUCUCAGCUUUCUCCUCCUCGUUCUGCUGUUGAUUUUGGCUCAGAUGUACAAGAACCACCAAAGGAGGAAAAGGAUCUUUCAGUUCCCUGCGCUGGAGACAAUUGUUCAUACCGUCUCAAAUGAGCGGGAGCAGAGAGAAAGAAACCAAGAGAAAAAGUAAAGACAUUAAAGCAGAGGCAUCAAGGGGAAAUUUAACUGAUGUGAGAUCUAUCUUCUACUAUCUUCAUAUCUGCAAUAUGUUGGGAGACUUCUGUUUGCACAAUUUUUGUAAAUACUGUAUUUUCAGAGCAGACAUCGUAGCAGUAUUGUUGAAUUUUAAAUGUUGUGUAUUAUUUAGUUAUUUGUGUUGUAUCUGU